AGAGCCGUCAUGCAGGAGAACUAUGAGAAUGUGACCUCGCUGGGGUUUCCAGUUUCCAAACCUGAUGUGAUCUCCCAGCUGGAACAGGGGGAAGAACCGUGGGUCCCAGACCUCCAGGGUUCAGGGGAAAGAGAGAUCCUGAGACGUCCCUGCACAGGUGAUGCUAUGCUACGUAAGACUAAGGAGCAAAAUUCUCAUCAAGAAGAUGCUGAGCAAAUAGAAUCACAUGGAGCAUCAUCACAAAGAUCAAAAGGGAAUGUGUCCAUGAUUCAUGAGCAGGGAAAAUCCUGUGAGAUUCAGCACAGACCAGAGAGAGAGCAGGGAAACCAGCCAGGGGAGAAAUCGGAUACAUUAAUUUACUGUCAGGGAACUCAGAAGGACCUCAAGGAAACCACAGCCCAGCAGGAAAUCCUUAGGGGAAAGAGAAAAAAUACAUGUACUGAGUGCGGGAAAACCUUUAGUUGCUGCUCAGCCCUUAUUAGACAUCAGAGAAGUCACACAGGUGAGAAACCUUAUGAAUGCAGCGAGUGCGGGAAAACCUUCACUCAGAAUUCAAACCUUAUUAGUCAUCAGAGAAUCCACACAGGGGAGAGACCCUAUGUAUGCAGCGAGUGCAGGAAAAAAUUCACUCGGAGCUCAGAACUUACUACGCAUCAGAGAAUCCACACGGGUGAGAAACCCUAUGAAUGCGGCGAGUGCGAGAAAAGGUUCACUCAGCGCUCAGAACUUACUACGCAUCAGAGAAUCCACACCGGGGAGAGACCCUAUAAAUGCAGCGACUGUGGGAAAAGCUUCAUUUCCAGCUCAAACCUUAUUAAACAUCAGAGAACCCACACAGGGGAGAAGCCCUAUGAAUGCUGUGAGUGCGGGAAAACCUUCAUUCAGAGCUCAGACCUUAUUACACAUCACAGAAUCCACACAGGAGAGAGACCCUAUGAAUGCGAUGAGUGUGGGACAAACUUCAGUGGCAGCUCGGCCUUCCUUCAACACCAGAGAAUCCACAUGCGGGAGAGACCCUACGUAUGCCGCGAAUGCGGGAAAAGCUUCACUCGCCGCUCAGACCUGACUACGCAUCAGAGAAUCCACACGGGAGAGAGACCCUACGAAUGCAGUGAAUGCGGGAAAACCUUCACUCACAGCUCAAACAUUAUUCAGCAUCAGAGAAUCCACACAGGGGAGAAACCUUACAAGUGCAGUGAGUGCGGGAAAAGCUUCACUCAGAGGUCAAGCCUUACCGCACAUCAGAGAAUCCACACAAAGGAAAAGCCCUAUGAAUGCUGUGAGUGCGGGAAAAACUUCACUUACAGAUCAGGCUUUGUUAACCAUCAGAGAAUCCACACAGGGGAGAAACCAUAUGAAUGCCGUGAGUGCGGGAAAAGCUUCGCUAGCAGCUCAUACCUCAUCGCACAUCAGAGAAUCCACACAGGGGAGAGGCCCCAUAAAUGCAAUGAGUGUGGGAAAAGCUAUACUAACAGCUCAGCCCUUUCUAAACAUCAGAGAAUCCACAGAGGGGAGAGGCCCUAUAAAUGCAAUGAGUGUGGGAAAAGAUUCACUCAGAGCUCAGAACUUACUACACAUCAGAGAGUCCACACCGGGGAGAGACCCUAUGAAUGCGGUGAGUGUGGAACAAACUUCAGUGACAGUUCGGCCUUCCUUCAACACCAGAGAAUCCACAUGCGGGAGAGACCCUACGUAUGCCGCAAAUGCAGGAAAAGCUUCACUUGCAGCUCAGACCUGACUAUGCAUCAGAGAAUCCACACGGGAGAGAGACCCUACGAAUGCAGUGAGUGUGGGAAAACCUUCACUCACAGCUCAAACAUUAUUCAGCAUCAGAGAAUCCACACAGAGGAGAAACCUUACAAGUGCGGUGAGUGCGGGAAAAGCUUCACUCAGAGUUGCUGCUCAGCCCUUAUUAAACAUCAGAGAAUUCACACAGGUGAGAAACCUUUUGAAUGCAGCGAGUGCGGGAAAACCUUCACUCAGAACUCAAACCUCAUUAGACAUCAGAGGAUCCACACAGGGGAGAAACCCUACGAAUGUAGCGAGUGCGGGAAAAGAUUCACUCACAACUCAAACCUUCUUGUGCACCAGAGACUCCACACAGGGGAGAAACCCUACGAAUGCGGCGAGUGCGGGAAAAGAUUCACUCACAGCUCAGAACUUACUACGCAUCAGAGAAUCCACACCGGGGAGAAGCCCUAUCAGUGCUGUGAGUGCGGGAAAAGCUUCACGGCCAGCUCAGCCCUUAUCACACAUCAAAGAAUCCACACAGGGGAGAAGCCCUAUGAAUGCUGCGAGUGCGGGAAAAGCUUCACUGUCUGCUCAGCGCUUAUUACACAUUAUAGAAUCCACACGGGAGAGAGACCCUAUGAAUGCUGCGAGUGCGGGACAAACUUCAGUGACAGCUCAGCCUUUCUUCAACACCAGAGAAUCCACACGGGAGAGAGACCCUACAUAUGCCGCGAAUGUGGGAAAAGCUUCACUCGGAGCUCAGACCUCACCACGCAUCAGAGAGUCCACACGGGCGAGAGACCCUAUGAAUGCGGCGAGUGCGGGAAAACCUUCACUCAGAACUCAAACCUCAUUGCACACCAGAGAAUCCACGCAGACGAGAAACCCUACGAAUGCGGGGAGUGCGGGAAAAGCUUCACGCGGAGCUCAAACCUUAUUGCGCAUCAGAGAAUCCACACAAAGGAAAAGCCCUAUGAAUGCUGUGAGUGCGGGAAAGGCUUCACUGACAACUCAGCUCUUAUUACGCAUCAGAGGAUCCACACAGGUGAGAAACCCUAUGAAUGCAGUGAGUGCAGGAAAUGCUUCACUCAGAGCUCAAACCUCAUUGCACAUCAGAGAAUCCACAAAGGGGAGAGGCCCUACCAGUGUUGUGAGUGUGGGAAAAGCUUCACUCAGAGCUCACAACUUUCUACACAUCAGAGGAUCCACACAGCAGAGACACCCUCCAAAUGCUGUGAGUGUGGGAAAAGCUUGACUGAUCGCUCAGCCCUUCUUAAACAUCAGAAAGUUUGCAAGGGAGCUAAACACCAUACAAACCUCUAGAGCGACCAACAUGUUGGUUUUUUUAAUGGUUAUGUAUCCAAUUCUGUCACAGAGGUCAUGGAUUCUGUGACUAGAAUGGACCUCCAUUUCAGCAGCUGCCCCCCCCCCC